AGGAAAUACGGACAGGCCUAUGCUCAUUUCAGUUCCCAGGCCCAGCCCAACAAACCAAGCGACAGAGAGAGCGUGUGUGUGGGCCCAUUGUGUCAGAGAGAGAAAACACCGAGGCAGGUGUUGCCGCGUCGUUGCGCUGCGCCACCCAAAUCUCGCUUCCAACUUCUCCGGCACGGUGCUCCGCAGUCUCCGCCAGCCCGCUGCGACCUCCGCCCGCCUCCUCCCCACACCGGAGACCGCGCCGCGGCCAGCGGGCUAAGGUAGCGCGGGGAUGGCCUCCGGAGGCUCGGCCGGACGCGACCCGUACGACGAGGAGGCCGGCGGCCGCCGCCCCCUCGAGCUGGACGGCCGUGACGCCGCCGCCGCCUCGUCCUCCGACCACCGGCCUGGGAAUGCCAUGCCUAGAUAUCAAGUGGGCUCCACGAAGGAUGAUACGAGUAGUAGAUAUGCUGAGGGGUCACAGCAACCCAGUACAGAUGAUGUGCGCAAGAGCAAGUCUGGGUCGAGAUACUAUACAGCAUUUGGGGUGGAUCUGUCCCCAGAUAAUAUGGCAGUUGCCAUUGUAUAUUUUGUGCAAGGGGUUUUAGGUCUUGCACGGCUUGCUGUGAGCUUUUAUUUGAAAGAUGAUCUUCAUCUCAAUCCAGCUGAGACUGCAGUUGUAUCUGGUUUCUCAUCCUUGCCAUGGUUGAUCAAGCCCCUCUAUGGCUUUAUCAGUGAUUCCAUUCCACUCUUUGGAUAUCGAAGAAGGUCAUACCUUUUUCUGUCAGGGUUACUUGGAGCACUUUCAUGGAGUUUGAUGGCCACAGUAGUGAGCAGUAAAUACAGUGCUGCAUCCUCUAUUCUUCUUGGGUCACUUUCUGUUGCCUUUUCGGAUGUUGUAGUGGACUCUAUGGUUGUUGAAAGAGCCCGUGGAGAAUCUCAAAGUACAUCUGGAUCUCUCCAGUCUCUCUGUUGGGGAUCUUCUGCCUUUGGAGGAAUUGUGAGUGCCUACUUCAGCGGUUCACUUGUGGAUACUUACGGAGUAAGAUUUGUCUUUGGUGUUACAGCAUUUUUACCCCUGAUGACAUCUGCUGUUGCAGUUCUUGUAAAUGAACAUCGCAUGCCUUUCGGAGAACGUACUAUCUUACUCUCUGGUUCAGGAUUUGUUGAGAGCUCUAAGCAGCACGUCAGACAGCUUUGGACUUCAGUAAAGCAACCUAGCAUUUUCUUGCCAACCUUGUUUAUAUUCCUUUGGCAAGCAACACCGCAGUCAGAUUCUGCUAUGUUUUUCUUCAUCACAAAUAAGCUUGGAUUCACUCCAGAGUUUCUAGGUCGUGUGAAGCUUGUUACCUCUAUUGCAUCCCUGCUUGGUGUUGGGAUAUACAACUAUUUUCUGAAGGAAAUUCCUCUAAGAAAAAUCUUUCUUGUGACAACCAUCAUAGGUUCAGCUCUUGGGAUGACACAGGUGCUUCUCGUAACUGGGCUUAAUCGGCAGUUUGGGAUCAGUGAUGAGUGGUUCUCUAUUGGUGAUUCAUUAAUCAUCACAGUCCUUAGUCAGGCUUCAUUUAUGCCGGUCUUGGUGUUAGCUGCAAAAUUGUGCCCUCCAGGGAUGGAAGCCACUUUAUUUGCAACUUUGAUGUCCAUUUCCAAUGCUGGAAGUGUUACUGGUGGUCUGGUUGGUGCUGGUCUAACAAAGGUUUUUGGGGUCACCAGGGACACCUUUGGGAAUUUACCUCUCUUGAUUGUGGUCUGCAAUCUUAGUUCGCUGUUGCCCUUACCUCUUUUAGGCCUCCUGCCAGAGGAAUCAGGUGACACAAAUAAUGGAGAAACAAAACAUAACUGACUUGCUAAGGGUUUUAUCUCCAUGUGUUCUGGAUCUCAAGUAUGACAUGCCACCGUGCCCAGCACCGAGUGAGAUCCAUCCCAUCCACUUGGAGUUCAGAAAACCAGUAGGGAAAUAUGAAAGUCAAACUGGAUAUAAUUUCGUCUGUCACCGCUUUCAUCAGUCAGAUUAAUCUACUGUGACUAUUUACCUAUGUGAUUGAAGUGAUUCAUGAUCGUCUGAAAAUGGUCUCUGAUGCAACGGCACACAGGUAUUCGCCCCUUUUUAUAUUUUCUAGUUACCUUGUAUGCUAAGACAAGGUAGGUUUCGGUUUUCUCUACAAUCUUUGUUACUUAAUGCACCCCCAUGAAAAUUAUACCGGGGGUUGAACAUUAGUAGUUGGAUUUCCUUACAAAGUUGAAUGUAUUGUGCCGAAAAGGGGGGAAUAUUUAUACUUUAUGGAAACCUGAAGUAUGGGCAUGUAAAGAAUAAAUACUUGCACACAGUUCAACUUAUAUCAGGUUCUGCUUACAUCACUAGGCCAAACAAAGUGGAAUCACAGACAGAAGCACAUACUGAAAACUACAGGCACAACAGAUAUGCAACAUCUGUCAUCUUUAACAACUCACUGAACUUUUCAGUGCCAAUAGUACGUGUAUCGAUGACAAUAGACGGUACGUGUAGACCUUUGAUGUUUGUAUUGAGGUUAACUUGAAAUAUGAUUUCCUUAUAAAAAAAGUUGAAAUAUGAUUUCAAAUUAUUGGUGAA